AUGACGGUGGCCAAGCUGGCCGAGGACCAGCGCCACAUGGACCAGCUCUCCGGCGCCUCGCGCAAGACCAAGAAGCUGCUGGCUGGCGCGCUGUCCGGCAUGAUCUCGGCGCUGGCCUUCCAGCCUCUGGACGUGCUGCGCACCCACCAGCAAGGAGCGUUCACGGCCCACGCGGAACCCCCGAAGGCCGCGUCUCGCCUCUCGCUGCCCGAGACCAUCAAGGCGUCGCGGCCGGCUGAGGACCCCGUGGCGAGACUGCGCUCCAUGUGGCGCGGCACGUCGCCAACGCUCGUGCGCGUGGCGGGCGGCGCCGGCCUCUACUUCGCCACGCUGGACCACUGCCUCAACCUGUUCCCGCAGUCGGCGGUGAACACGUUCCUGGCUGGCGCCUUCGCGCGCACGUUUGCGGGCGGCGUCAUGUCGCCGUUCACGAUUGUGAAGGCGCGGAUGGAGUUCCUGCCCCCGGGCACGUUCGACAGCAACCUACACGUGGUGCGUCACGUGCUGCACCACGAAGGCGUGCGCGGACUGUACCGCGGCAUGGUGCCCACGCUCAUCAGGGACGUGCCGUUCUCCGGCCUCUACGUGCUCAUUUACACGCGCCUGCGCGACUCGUGGGCGGACAAGUUCCCCCAUCUGCCAGUGUACGGCGUGCACUUCAGCAGCGGCGUAGUCGCGGGCGUGCUCGCCACUUCCUUAGUGCACCCGGCCGACGUGGUAAAGACGCGCAUGCAGCUCGCCAUCAUGGUGAACAAUGGGGAAGGAAGCGCGGCAUCCGUGCAGAACUCGCUCACAUUGCGGCAAACAGUGGCCAAGAUCUACCGCCACGAGGGUCUGCGCGGAUUCGCCAAGGGCAUCCUUCCGCGUGUAGUCAAGCGCACGCUGUCUACUGCUGUCACAUGGACGAUAUACGAGCAGUUAUCGCUGCGAUAG